AUGUCCUCUUCCAUUCUUUUCGCCACCGGCCUGCUCGCCGGUGUGGCUCAGGCCUACACCCAGGUCAACGUCGCCACUCCUUUCAUGACCAAGAACAUUGAUCCCAUCGUCUUCCCGGGCCAGUACGACAAGUCUCACUUGCACUCUUUCUUCGGCUCCGACGCCGUCACCAUCAACACCAAGACCAGCGCCGAGCUUCAGAAGGGCUGCACCAACGCCGAGAACCCCAACGAUCUCUCCGUCUACUGGAUCCCCACGCCGCUCUACACCACCGACGGCGGCAAGACCUACGAGCCCAUGCCCGUCUCGCGCUUCAGCGCCUACUACAACCUCGGCGAGACCCCUGCUGAGGUCGCCAUUCCCCAGAACCUGCAGAUGGUCGCCGGCGAUGCUACCGCCAUGACCGAGUCUGCCAUGCCCGCCGAUGCCCAGGUCUCAUGGGCCUGCGAGAACGGCGGCGGCGGCUCCCUCGACGCCAACGGCUUCCCCAGCUCGACCUGCGGCACCCACCUGCAGCAGCUCCUCUACUUCCCCCAGUGCGUCAACGUCGACACCCUCGAGACCGGCUACAAGACCAAGCGCGGAGGCUCCUGCCCCAGCGGCAUGAAGUCCAUGCCCCAGCUGCGCUUCUCCAUCCGCUACGAUCUCCGCAAGGUCCUCCCCGACGGCUGGUCCGGUACUGCUCCCUUCAAGCUUGCCUGCGGUCCCGCCUGGUGCUCCCACGGUGACUUCAUCAACGGCUGGACUGAGGAGGCCGCUACCAACAUGAUCGCCACCACCAACGAGAAGCAGAAGUUCUCCGCCGUCAACGGCAAGCUUGGCAACUACAACGCCGGUGCCACCUGCAAGGCCACCGACGCCGACCCCUCCCACGGCACCAGCGACUACGCCGAGAGCGUCAAGGCCAUGUCCAAGCGUGAGGUUGAGGCCUUCGGCUGGGCUUCCAAGUCCCGCUUCGUCCAGUAA